UUUGAUUCUUGUUGAUUUUCUAUGUGAUUAGAAUUGAUUGUCUAAGUUAUUCAUUAGUAGAUUAAUUGUUUGCCUUUUCAUUUGAGUGAUACAAAAUUCUUAUUCUAUUUUAUUUCUCCUCUUCUCUGUUUGGUUUCUAUCAAAAUGAUCAACACAGGUAAAUUAGCUGGUCGUACAGCUUUUAUCACUGGUGCCAGUAGAGGUAUUGGUAAAGCUAUUGCUCUUAAAUUGGCCAAAGAUGGUUGUAAUGUAGCGAUUGCUGCUAAAACGGUUGAUCCCCAUCCUAAAUUACCAGGAACCAUUUAUACUGCUGCUAAAGAAGUUGAGGAAGCUGGUGGUAAAUGUUUACCUCUUCAAGUUGACAUUAGAUAUGAGGAUCAAGUCAAAGAUGCCAUUGAAAAGACUGUUGCUAAGUUUGGUGGACUUGAUAUUCUCAUCAACAAUGCCAGUGCAAUCAAUUUAACCCCAACAGAAGUGACCGAUAUGAAAAGAUAUGAUCUAAUGCAUUCUAUUAAUACUCGGGGUACCUUUGUUACCUCUAAAACGGCUAUUCCACAUCUAAAGAAAUCCAAUCAUGCUCACAUCUUGAAUUUGAGUCCACCUUUGGUAAUGAAUUCACGAUGGUUCAAACCUCAUGUUGCAUAUACUAUGGCCAAGUAUGGAAUGUCAAUGUGUGUCCUAGGAAUGUCGGAAGAAUUUCGAGACGAUAAGAUUGCCGUUAACGCUUUGUGGCCUAGAACUGCUAUUUGGACAGCGGCUAUGAAUGUGAUUACCGAAGGACCUGAAGUGAAAAAAAUUUGCAGAAAACCGGAUAUUCUUGCUGAUGCUGCUUAUGGUAUUUUAACCAAAUCACCUGAACAAUUUACAGGUCAAUUUGUUGUUGAUGAAACUUUCCUUAAACAAGAAGGUGUCACCAAUUUUGAUCAAUACGCUGAGGUUCCCGGUGAAAAGUUAAUGUUGGACUUUUUCUUACCCGAUGAAUAUUAUGAGGGUGAAGAUAUUCCUGAAAAUUUUGGUGAUCAGGCUAAACCAUCAGCCACCAGUGGAGUCUUUAAGGUGGAUAAGGUUUUCAAUGGGAUUAAAAAUUUACUUGAUGACAAUUUAAAGAGUCAAAUUAAUGCUCUUCUAUUUUUCCAAAUAUCUGGUAAAAAUUGGAUCGUUGAUGCUCAUGAGAGUAGACCAAUUGUCGUCAAUCAAAAUGAUAAUCCUUCAGGAAAUCCCGAUGUUACCCUUAUCACCGAUGAAGAUACUUUCUACAAAAUGGCCAAAGGUGAUAUCAAGGCAACAAACGCUUUUAUGGCCGGUAAACUAAAGAUCAAGGGAAACAUUUCGGUAGCCAUGAAACUAGAGAAAUUGUUUGUCCAAAUCAAAGCAAAACUUUGAUUAUUCUCUAAACGUUAUAUUCAUCUUCCUAAUCAAUCCAAUUAUUAUCAAUUAUUAAUGUGAACACAGAUGAAAAUUGUAACCUUAACAAAAAUUAUUUUAUAAACAUUUUUUCAACAAUUAUGAUACAUUUUGUACUACAAAGUUUAAUUGCUUUCCAAAAGCAGUUAAACACAAAACAUAAAGGAUUCUAUUGUAAAAUAUUAGGGAAAAUUGUUGUAAAAGGAAACAAUUAACUGGAAUAUUUUUGUCUUUUAUCAAUAACUUUGAUUGUGAUUCCAAUUCGUUUGUGAUUAAGUUAAAAUGCCAAAGACACCAAAUUCUAAGGAAUCAAACAAAUCAAAGGAAGAGAAAAGUAUUUCCAAGAGUAACGAAUCAUCUGCAAGCGAAAGAAAUGUUAACGAACUUCGAAACAGAGAAGAUCUUCUUUGGGUUGAAAAUGAUUCACCCAAAGUGACCCGUCGAUCGAAAUUAAAAGCAGGUAAUCGCCGAAGGACAACACUAGUGAACCGAAAUGUUCCUGACGAAUUGGCCGAUAUCAUAGGAAAAGGCCAAUGGGUCGAAGCGCCGACACCCGAGCAGAUAAACCAAAUUCAAUCAACAACACCCGCUGCUCUUAAAUACAUGAUUGAUUUGGUUUCGUCUUUAAGUUCAGCCAAAUCAACUCCACCUUCAUCACCUUCCGGCUCCCCGAACUCAACAACUGAUUCAACUCGAAGUAGUCCAAGUCCCGAAGUUGUCGAACAGAGAAUAUCCGACACUCGAAGAUUAUUUCUCGAGCCAGUAUUAGCCGAAAUGGAGGAACAUCAAUUAAAAUUUGCUCUAAUUAUCCUUCUUUUCAUAAUCAUUCUAAUCCAUUUGGCUGUUAGUUUACUCAACAACAACAACGACGAUUAAUUCAAAUAAUCCUAAUCCUAAACUGAGAUUUAAACAUUUUCUAAACACCAUUGUUAACCAAUUAUAAUCUUAUUGAUUUUUGGUUUCAUUCACAAUUUAAUGCAACCAACUAAUUGCCAAGCACAAUUGUUAUCAUGAUUAGAUUAUCUUUAUGGUUUUUCCAUUAAAAAAGUUCUGAUUCAUUUAACAAAA